CUGCUCACCCCAGACAGAUUUACGCAUCACGGUCAAACAACGCAAAUGCUUCCCAUGCCACAGGAACAACAGAUGGGUCAUAUAAGAACCACUUCACCUCCUGUCACCUCCUCUAUCCUUGGCAUCCUAACGGUACGGUAUAAAGCCUGAAGUUGGGACCUUUGGCUAGUCAGCUGCUGGUGCGAAACGAGUGAAGGUGAAAACAAGAGAGUAAAACUUGAAGUUGAGAACUGGCAACUAUGAAGAGACAAACCCAGGACACCCCAAUUAAACAUCAGGAGAAUCUGAAGAGACAACGAGACGUUCUGGCUUUCCGAAUGAAAAAGCUGUCAUCGAAACGAUCAGACUUCCAUUCCAAGACAACCGCCCUUAAAGAGAAAGUUAAAAAGAGAUAUGACGAGAUGAAGAGGGCUUUGGAUGAGGAUUUGGGAAUUACACUGAGCCAGCUGGACAUCGAGGCUAAAGCCGUGGAGAAAAAUAUAGAGGACGGCAUUGAGAAGUGCUACCAUCUCACCCAGGAAAUCGAUCAACAGCUGGUUGAACUCUCGAUGCAGUUGGAGAAAGAUCAAGAGAAGAUGGCAGAGAUGGAAGAAAGGAUAAAAGAGACCCUGAAUACGACUGAUCCGGAGUUCAUACAGAUGGAUAAGUUUAAGAAUGAACAGCUCCUCAGCUUAACACUUAACCUGUUGUUGUUCAUACGCUCUCAGGUUCCUGUCACUAAGAAACUCUUCCAAAGCUAUGCCCAAGAAGUCGUUCUGGAUACUGACUCCGCUCACCCGAAACUUGUUAUUUCCCCUGAGGGCGACUCAGUCAGUUACACAGAAACCUGGCAAGAUGUUGCUGAAACCCCUUCUCGCUUUGACACCACCCUUAAUGUAAUUAGCCGAAAGGGAUUCAAGGAUGUUCGCAACUACUGGGAGGUACAAGUCGCUGGUAAGACAUACUGGGAGCUGGGACUCACGUACCCCAACAUCCCCAGGAAUGGAAAAGAGGAGGACUGCUGGUUAGGUCGGGGCCCGACGUCAUGGUGUGUUGAGUUUUUCAAUGGUGACUACACAGCCUGGCACAACGGUGUUCCCCAUGAGCUCACCCACGCAAGCGGGAGAACCUUUCAGCGUAUUGGCAUCUUUUCAAGCUUGGAAGGAGGUUUGAUUAGUUUCUUAGGGGCGGACACCAUGACACCCCUUUACAGCUUUUGUGCUGGAACCUUCACGGAUUCCCUCUUCCAAGCUGUCUGCCCUGGUCAUGACAACCAGGGGACGAACCGAAACCCACUGUUGAUUUGUGACGCUUCGAGAUCCUGCCCUAUCUUUUGA